AUAUAAAAUCCUCAUUUUGUUUUUUCUUCAACCUCCUCUUUGUCAGAGAAGUUUCAAAAACCCACACACACACUUUACACACUCUUCAUCUUCUUCUUCCUCUUCGUCUUCUUCUUCAUCGUCUUCGAUUUUUGCUCCGAUAAUGUCGUUUCUAUAGCCGACGAUCAUCAACGAAGAAGCGUAAAAAAUCCUCAAAAUCACUGAGAUUAAACAAAUGGCGGCUACUGAUUUUUUCUUCGCUUUCGUCUUCUCCUUCGCUCUUCUCUUCGGCUUCUCUUUCGCUGGUGAUCCUUACGUAUCUUACGAUUUCAGUGUUUCGUACAUCACAGCUUCUCCUCUCGGUGUUCCUCAACAGGUUAUAGCAGUCAAUGGGAAAUUUCCAGGUCCUGUGAUUAAUGCUACUACAAACUACAAUGUUGAUGUUAACGUAUUCAAUCAUUUGGAUGAGCCUCUCUUACUUACUUGGCCUGGUGUUCAGAUGCGGCGUAACUCGUGGCAAGACGGUGUUCUUGGAACAAACUGUCCAAUUCCACCGAAAUGGAACUUCACUUAUGAUUUUCAGUUGAAAGAUCAGAUUGGAAGUUAUUUCUACUCUCCUUCACUUAACUUCCAGAGAGCCUCUGGUGGUUUUGGUUCAAUCAUAAUCAAUAACCGAGACCUCGUUCCUAUCCCGUUCACUAAGCCUGAUGGUGAAAUCAUCUUUAUUAUUGGUGAUUGGUAUACUCAGAACCAUACAGCUUUAAGGAGGAUACUUGACUCUGGUAAAGAACUUGGGAUGCCGGAUGGAGUGCUCAUCAAUGGGAAAGGUCCUUUCAAGUACAAUAGCAGUGUUCCUGAUGGAAUUGAACAUGAAACCGUUAAUGUUGAUCCAGGGAAGACAUACAGGAUCCGCGUUCACAAUGUUGGUAUCUCGACAAGCUUGAACUUCAGGAUUCAGAACCACAAAUUGCUCUUGAUUGAGACUGAGGGUCGCUACACCUCCCAAAUAAACUUCACCGAUUUCGAUAUUCAUGUGGGACAGUCUUAUUCUUUCUUGGUAACCAUGGACCAAAACGCCACAAGUGAUUACUACAUUGUGGCGAGUGCUAGAUUUGUUAAUGAAACAGUGUGGCAAAGAGUCACAGGUGUUGGCAUUCUCCAUUAUUCCAAUUCCAAAGGACCUGCUUCUGGUCCUUUGCCAGUUCCAGCAACUGAUGUUUCUCACCCUUGGUCCGCAAUGAACCAACCAAGAGCCAUAAAGCAAAACACAUCUGCAGGUGGAGCUCGUCCAAAUCCGCAAGGAUCAUUUCACUACGGACAGAUAAAUAUCACAAGCACAUACAUCUUGAGGAGUUUGCCUCCAACAGAAAUCAAUGGGAAAAUUCGUGCUACGCUUAAUGGGAUUUCAUUUGUCAAUCCAAGCACCCCCAUGAGGCUUGCAGAUCACCAUAAAGUGAAAGGAGAUUAUAAGCUAGAUUUCCCAGACAGACCACUUGAUGAAAGACAUCAACGUAUGGACAGCUCUAUCAUCAACGCAUCAUACAAGGGCUUUAUACAAGUUAUCUUCCAGAACAAUGACACCAAAAUCCAGAGCUUCCAUAUUGAUGGAUAUUCAUUUUACGUGGUUGCAAUGGACUUUGGUAUAUGGUCAGAAGACAGAAAAGGUUCAUAUAACAACUGGGAUGCAAUUGCACGAAGCACGAUCGAGGUUUAUCCAGGGGCAUGGACUGCUGUACUUGUUUCCCUCGAUAAUGUUGGAGUUUGGAAUAUUCGAGUUGAGAAUCUUGACAGAUGGUAUCUUGGCCAAGAAACAUACAUGCGAAUUGUAAACCCCGAGGAAAACGGAAGUACAGAAAUGGAUCCGCCUCAAAAUGUUCUGUACUGUGGUGCUCUUCAGGCCAUGCAAAAGGAACAACAUCACAGCUCUGCUGGAACAUCAAUACUAAAUGGACAGUUGAAACUAAUUUUCAGCAUGAUGAUGUUUUUGCUCGCCUCGGUUUCAGCCUUUUGCUGAGUCUCUUGCAUCAUUUAGGAAUCUAUUCUGUUCUUGUUACUCUGAUCUCCCAUUUGUUAGGACUAUAGCUGGAGAAUAUAAAAAGCAGUUAAGUUCGUUGUGUUUCUCUCAUUUCAUUGAUUGUUAGAUCUUCUAUUCCUCAUGGUUCUAACUUCUAAACAACGUUAGUACGUGUGGGUUUGUGUCUAAAGCUUUGUUCUUCAUAGUUAUGUCAUUUGGAGUUUAAAUCAUGUUCCUUGUUCAAAUC